AGGCUACUGAAUUGGCUGCCAAUAAUGGGAAGAACCUACAUUGUAGAAGAGAGUGUUGGCCAAUAUAUUUCAAGCAUCAGUCUCCAGGGGAAAUCUUUUGUCUCUGGUCUUUUGAUAGGACAGUUCAACAUCUUAUGAAAGAAGCGACGCCUCUGUGUCAGGCUUGGAAGGCGGAGGCAGAAGGAUCAGUCUUGGCUACAUAUGUUCUUCACAAAAGGAUUAUGUGAUUCUUGCCACUAGAACACCACCCAAAGAGGAACACAAUGAGAAUCUCAAGCAUUCCAAAGCUAAGUUGGAUACCUUGGAUGAAGAAUGGGCCACAGAACAUGCCAGCCAGGUAUCCAGAAUGCUCCCUGGAGGACUUGUGGUUCUUGGAAUAUUUAUUAUUACAACUUUAGAACUAGCAGAUGAUUUUCAAAAUGCCCUGCGCAGACUAAUAUUUUCUGUGGAAAAAUCUAUGAAUAGAAAAAGACUGUGGAAUGUCACAGAGGAAGAGGUCUCAGAACGAGUGAUACUUCACAUAUGUUCUUCUACAAAAAAAUUAUCUUGUCGAACUUAUGAUGUCCAUGAUCCAAAGAGUUCAGCAAGACCUGCAGAUUGGAAGUAUCAAAAUCGAGUAUCUACCUCCUGGCUGUCUCUAGAGUGUACUGUUCACAUUAAUAUCCACAUCCCACUGUCGGCUACUUCUGUCAGUUAUUCUCUGGAAAAAAAUACAAAGAGUGGACUUGUACGCUGGGCCAAGCAAAUAGAAAAUGGUGUUUAUUUGAUUAAUGGACAAGUUAAAGAUGAAGAUUGUGAUCUAUUAGAAGGACAGAAAAAAUCUAGAGGAAAUACUCAAGCAACUGCUCAUUCUUUUGAAGUCCGAGUGCUAACACAGUUGCCCCCGAGUUCAGACCACAGAUCCACAGCCACGGUCCAGAUCUGUAGUGGCUCUGUAAAUCUCCGGGGGGAUGUAAAAUGUCGAGCUUUCAUCCACAGCAACAGACCCAAGGUUAAAGAUGCCGUGCAGGCAGUGAAGAGAGAUAUUUUGAACACAGUUGCUGAUCGCUGUGAAAUACUUUUUGAGGACCUGCUUUUGAAUGAAACUCCAGAAAAAAAAAAUUAUGAACUUCCUCACCGAGUUUUCGUUCCCCUUCCUGGAUCUGCUAUAAGGUUAUGUGAUUAUAAAUUUGGUGAUGAAUCGGCUGAAGAAAUCAGAGACCAUUUUUCAGAGAUGUUAGAUCAUGAGAUUCAAGUAGAAGACUUGGAAAUUGCAGAAGAAGUAAACACGGCUUGUGUGACUUCGUCUGUGAGGAGCGAAGCGCCACUGACUGACACAGGAGAAGAACAGCCACAGCAGCCAAAUGAAACUCCAAUUGCAUCGAAGAUUCAGCAAAACAUAGGUGCGAUUGCAGCAAUUGCAGUUGCAGUCCUUGCUGCGGGCAUCUCCUUCCAUUACUUCAGUGAUUAGGGUGAGGCACAAAGAGCUUCCUGAUCACCCGGAACACACUGAAAACUAAAGAUGCAAAUGCCCCACCUGCAUUUAAGCUCUGCUACGAAAAUGUCUAUUAGAUGUAUUUCUGACUUACAUGACCAGCUGCCUCGUUUCCCCUGCUUUUAUUAUCGGGCCUAGGUUUUCAAAAGUAAACUAUGCAUCUAAAUGGAGUUGCAUGUAAUAAAUCACUAUUAUUUAUCUUCAGAAGAGUCAAAUGUGAGCUAUUUUAGAAUUUAGUUCUACUGAAUGACAUCACACAUUGAUCAAAAUAUGUAAACUAAGCUGGGCAGUGGUGGCGCACGCCUUUAAUCCCAGCACUCGGGAGGCAGAGGCAGGCGGAUCUCUGUGAGUUCGAGACCAGCCUGGUCUACAAGAGCUAGUUCCAGGACAGGCUCCAAAGCCACAGAGAAACCCUGUCUCGAAAAACCAAAAAAAAAAACAAAACAAAAAAUAUGUAAACUAUGAGCAGUCAGUAUCGACUGCAGUUGAUAUAUCAUCAGGAAUUGUCUCUUAAGUUCAUCCUAGAGGACAUUUCCAAUAUGCUCUCAGUUGCAACAGCUUAUGGACGUGGUUUAAGUUUGAGGCCAUGAAUACUAUUUUAAGCAUACAAAUGGAUAGUGGUUUCCUGGAUGUCAGGCGCUAGUAGCAGCACGGCAGUAUGCUGCUUGCCUCACACCCAAACCAGAGACAUGUGAAUCGGAGAUGCUGUCCUAGGUAGGGCAGUUAGUGUUCUGUAGCUCUCACCCUGCAGUUCGGUGCAGAUCCUGUCAGAAACAAACUAGUAGCACUCCUAAUUUAGACAAGACUCUCAUAAAUUAUGAUCAAGCAGUAUUUUAUUAGUUCAUGAUUGUAAGUCAUGAGGUACAAGAUACACUGAAUCAGAAUGAGAAUUAACUAUAGGAAAAAAACAGUCAUUGAAGUCAUUUCUCCCAAGUCCACAACAAAAAUGCAGAGAAUAAAGGAUAGAGCCAUAGAUAUGGAUGAGAGCCCGGUAGUGCUCCUUAGGAUAAACUAAAGGAAAAAAAAAAACCACAGUCAUUAAAGUCACUUCUCCCAAGUCCACAACACUGAUGUAGAGAACAAAGGAUAGAGCCAUAGAUGUGGACCAGAGCCAGGUGGUGCUCCUCAGAGUGAGGACCACAUUCUUUAAAGGAAGAGGACAAACUGCAGGCGGGCCAGUAGUAGCAGACACAGCGGAAGAGAUCAGUGGAGUGGAAGGGAGAGCAGCAGGAGGGAGGUGAGAAGGAAGGGGUGAUGGUCUAGGAGAACCAGGUGAGGAGAAUGGAAGAGAGGAGCAUUUGAGAUGGCAGGGUUCCCCACAUGUGUUAGCAAAACACUUAUAAAUUCAAGAAACCAUAUAGCUUAAACACAUUUAAAAAAAAGUCAAAUCCGUGAUUUGAUCCAAGUUGUGAACCACAAGAUACAAAGCAAGGUCUUUAAGAAACCAAAGGGACAUAAAGCUCCUCAGCAGAGGCAAGUCAGUCUCAUACAGAGUAGACCCCAGUAGCAGCAGUGUACACGAGUCAGUCUCAUACAGGGUAGACCCCAGUAGCAGCAGUGUACACAGGAACGCAGGAAAUGCCUUCAGACUUCAGUGAAACUAUACAAACCAGUGCCAAACAAAACUCAGAACCAAUAGACCUUCAUUAAAGAAACUGAAACGGGAUCGUCUUCAGUGAGGAAAAUUACCCCAAAAGCAAGGUCUGAAAUGAAGUGUUGAUUAACAAAGUGAUCAAUAUUGUAAAUUUAAAGUGUUGUUUAUAUAAAGCAAUCAUAAUGAAGUAUUUAUAGAAAUUGUAAACUUGUAAAACUGAAUAAAUAUUGUUAUGCAACCUUGUUGUGGAAUUUUCA